GACAAGAAACUAUUAAGUACCUACAUAGCGGUUUGGUGGUGUACCAUGAUAAUGUUUACUUCGGACGAAAAAACGACCAGUAAUGUGGCCAGUAUAUCAGAACAGAAAAAUAGCUUUAGAAGACGUAAAACAGGAGUAUAUAAAAUGGAACAACCUGAUGGCGAAGUUGUUUUUCAAAAUCAAAAGUUCUUCAGUGCGCUAUCCAUAGGAAAAAGAAAAAUUUCGGAAGAAAUUCUUCCUCCGGGAAGUCACGGCAUCUUUCGUCAGAAACCGCAAAACACCAGUUUCCAAUAUUUAUCGCUAGGGGGAUAUGCAAAAGCAGCAACGCAAUCUAUUAGCAACAUUGGAAACAUUCUGUCCAGAAAAAUGGCGGCGUCAAGUUCCCAGCCGUCAGUGCCGUGGCCAAAUUCCAAAGAUGAUUACGAACUGGGAAAAGUUAUCGGUGUUGGAGCUACAGCUGUGGUUCAUGGUGCUUUUUGUAAACCUCGCAAUGAAAAGUGUGCCAUCAAAAGGAUCAACUUGGAAAAAUGGAAUACUUCCAUGGACGAACUCCUUAAAGAAAUUCAAGCUAUGUCAUCAUGUAAUCACGAAAACGUUGUCACCUAUUAUACCAGCUUUGUAGUUAGAGAGGAACUAUGGCUAGUGCUAAAGCUUUUAGAGGGCGGAAGCCUUUUAGAUGUUAUUAAACAUAAAAUGAGGGUGUCCAAUUGCAAACACGGUGUUUUUGAUGAAUCUACUAUAGCAACUGUUCUGAGAGAGGUCCUUAAAGGUCUGGAGUAUUUUCACAGUAACGGCCAAAUUCACAGAGAUAUCAAAGCUGGAAAUAUUCUUUUGGGUGAAGAUGGAACAGUGCAAAUUGCUGAUUUCGGAGUUUCUGCAUGGCUUGCAACAGGUAGAGAUCUCUCCAGAGAAAAAGUGAGACACACAUUUGUGGGAACACCUUGUUGGAUGGCGCCAGAAGUAAUGGAACAGGAUCAUGGAUAUGACUUUAAAGCUGAUAUAUGGUCGUUUGGAAUUACCGCAAUUGAAAUGGCUACAGGUACUGCCCCCUAUCACAAGUACCCUCCCAUGAAGGUACUUAUGUUGACAUUACAAAACGACCCUCCUAAUCUAGAUACAGGGGCUGAAGAAAAAGAUCAAUACAAGGCAUACGGCAAAACUUUCAGAAAAAUGAUAACGGACUGUUUACAAAAAGAGGCCGCUAAGAGGCCAACGGCCGCCGAGCUCUUGAAGCACCCCUUUUUCAAGAAGGCCAAGGACAAGAAAUACCUGCAACAAACGCUGAUUGCCAUCGGCCCCAGCUUAGAGACAAGAGUACAAAAGGCUUCGAGAAGACAACCUGGCGCUUCGGGCAGGCUGCACAGGAAAGAGACGGGAGAGUGGGUGUGGUCCAGCGAGGACGAGGACGGAGACGAUUCGAGCGACAGCGAUUCUGACGUUAAACCCAUGAACACGCUGGUAUCGGCCGGGUCUUCUGGGUCGGACCAUGAGAGUAGUGAGAGUGAACCUCCGCCAGUAAAUCUGGUAUUAAGGAUGAGAGAACUGGAACGAUCCAUUCCAUUUAGGAACGCGAAACGGGAACUAAACGAUAUUCGAUUCGAGUUUGCCGUUGGAAAAGAUUCCGCAGAAGGAAUUGCAAGCGAAUUGGUGGGCGCUGGUCUGGUUGAUGGCAAAGAUAUAACACCUAUAUCACAGAAUUUGCAAAAACUUAUCGAUCAAAGGCACGCUGUUAAAGUGGUGACGUUCCAAUUGAAUUCAAGUAUUGGCAGUAAUGAGACCCCGGAUGAUAAGGCGUUAAUUGGAUUUGCUCAGAUCUCAAUUACAGACUGAAAGAGACUAGAUAUCAAAUAUAUUAUUUUUUCUUGAUACAUACCAAUUUUCUCCCUGGAAUCUACUGACCAUUAUACAUGUUUUAGAUGAUUUUUAGAGGAUCUGGAAGGAUUUCGUUUUAUUUUUAUUGUGUUUUAGCAAUUUAAACUUAAUUUAUAUAUUAUUAUUAGCGAAAUUAUUUUAUAUUUGUAGUUUUUCACAUUUAUUUAUUUUAUUUUAUGUCUACUAACUUCCAUAUUCUCCUUUAUAUAUGUGAGGCCUAAGGUUUAAAGAAUGUAUGUAACUCUUUUUAUAAUUAAAUUAAGAUAGUCUUCUUACAGAUCAAAACUGAAGUGUUGUUUGGUCAAUAGAUUUCAAGUAUAGUUGUACUUAAAAGUUCCAUGAAAUUCGCAGUUUUAAUUAGACUUUCCUAUAAUAUUUUUUUAUAUAUUUAUUAGACUUUCCUAUAAUAGUUUUUGAGAUUUUACAAUGUAUUUUUUCUCUAUAGUAUGUCAAAAACUUUCUAUUUUUCCUUGUAAUUACAGAAUACCUUGGAUAGAUGAUUUUUUUGCAUUUUGCUUAUCAUUUCAAGGGAAUAUUAGUUUACUGUUUCUAGUAGGCUUUUUGGUGGGCAUGUCAACGAUAUCCUAAUUGACUACUAUGCAAGAAAAAUGUGUAUUUAUAUGGGGAAUGAGGGGGGGCUAAAAAUGUAUAUAAUAUAUUUAUUCCAAAUAAAUCUAGCUGCAUUUUUGAAGUA